AAUGCUCCUCUGUUGAAGAGCUUUCAAUUAUUGGCAAAUUCUAGAAGAACAAACUCACAAGUGUCGGACGUUAAAAAUGAAUUCUCGGAUUUCCAACUUACUUUGCAAAAUUUUAAUUGUUCAUUUAAAUUAAUAUUUAUUUAUUUACUUAUAUCGAUUCAUUUAUAUAUUUAUUUAAAUAACUUUUAAAUUUGCAAAAAAUUAUGAGAUCAACCUUGCCCAACAAGAGCAUACUGCUUUAUGUUCGUAAACAGAAUGAUUUUGUUAUCCAUCAGACCAUCAGCAAAGAUACCAUCCUGUGUGAAACACCAACGGACGGUCAACAAGUAUAGAGGCACGAGUUUGUGAUACAUCUAUUCGAAGCUAAAUGCAUGCCAUCAACGGUUGUAUGGCAGCUGAAUGGUUUUUACUACCAUUCAGCUUGAAGUUUUCGCAAGAAAUCCGCGCUAUGAUUCAACGUACUGGAUGUUGAGGAAGACCUGAUAGCUGUUGCUUACUUUGAAGGGGAUCGAACUCGCAAAUUGUGGUCUCAUAAGAUGAGGAACAUUGGGGUCAUGAAUGAUGGAAUGGAAAUCUUCUGUGAAAGAGCGAAGAAACGAGGAACAGUUGACGCAAUUUCUUGGCAAAAACGAGCGAGGGACAAAAAAUGCCAACUUCAUGACGGUCCCAAUUGGAAAGAACCAACUCGCCAAAAUUGGGCAAGAAGUGGCAACAGCUUUCCUUAAACCAAAUCCAGAAGACUUCACCGGACAAUGCUGGAGACAAACAGACACCACUGCAGCCGCGAACAACAGAGCCACUUCUCUUCAAAUGAUGGCUCAUUUUGCUUGGAAUAGUGACAACAUGUGCAAGGAAUACGUGGAAAAUGCUGGAAUCACCAUUCGGAAUAAAGGCAACAUCCUGGCUUGCAAAUGGCAGGCAUUGUUCAACCUCCAUUCCAUAGGAGGGACCAAUACCUUUGACAUCAUCAAUGGAGGUCAAGAAACCAACAUCUUCAAUAUCAUCAAUGGAUUAUGAGAACAAUCUUUAUCAAAAGUUGACAAAAGAUGAAUCUUUGGACGAUGGCCAAGAGUCCAGUGAAAACUCCUUGGGCAUUAAUAUGACCGGUUGCAAUUAAUCAAAAAAAAGUGUACUAUUUGAACGUCUUCAUUGCAGGCUCAUGCGGGAAGAAAAGUGCUCCUUUUUUAAUGUCUUCAUUGCAGGCUCGUGCGGAAUGAAAUUUGUUAUAUUUUAGCGUCUUCAUUGCAGGCUCAUGCGGGAAGAAAAGUGCUACUUUUUCCUGCCCUCAACUGCCUCAUGCGGGCUUCCU